GAUUCCCCGAUCUUGGCUCUGCACACAUUUGUCUCGUGUGCAAGUGUCCACGUACGUCGGGCUGAGUCUUUUUGUUGCCUUUUUGUUCUUGAUCUCUAUGGCAGUGGGUUUUCCGUAAAUGUGUAGCUACACAUUUUCUGGUGGUUGUUGUUGUUGCUCCGAUAGACAAGAAGCCAACAGUUUUACUUUCACGAAUAGGAGAACGAUAGGAAUAUUUUCUGAAGAUAGGAAGAUCUCCGAGACUUUUGUGGUUUGCAUACUCGCGCAAUGAUGCGUCUGACUACCUGGAGAUUCUAAAAUUCUGAAAGGAUGCACGGUUUGUUCUCAAGAUGGAGGAGGAGGAAUUGAAGUGCUCUCGCAUGGUCAAGAGGUCGCAAGGCAAAAAGAAGAUUGGCGUGGUCAACUACAAGGAGCGCAUCUUCGUCCUGACGCCGCGAGACUUCACCUAUUACGAGGGUUCUCUUAUCAAACGAGGAAAGGCGAAAGGCACCAUUCAGCUGAAAGACAUCAAGGCUGUGGAGAAAGUUGAUCAAGAAGCAUUCAACAAGAAAUUCUCAUUCCAGGUUAUCUAUGAGGAGUUCGUACUCUACAUCAUUGCAUCCACAAGCUCGGAGUUAGAUGAGUGGCUUGCAAUUCUACGCAAAGCAACUGCCAAUAACGCUGGCCUGCUGAGCUUCUUCCAUCCUGGAAUCUUUGCCAGCAACAAGUGGACAUGCUGCCACCACGGUAGCCGCCACUCACUAGGCUGCAAGGCCACGUUCGCCAGUCGCCAGAAAUCAACGACGUCGACGACAAUGACACCAACGACAUCGAUGACGGCGACACCUACCAUCAACACCAACACCAACAGCGUGACAAAGGUAGCACCAGCAACUUCUUGCUUGCUACCGCCCGAGGAAAAGCUGAUUCGCAGCGGAACAUACGUGGGUCAUAAAAACCUUGUUGAUGGAAUCAAGCCGUUCGAUGUCAUCGCUAUUUACAACUAUUCAACUCCUCAGCCCGGCGACUUAGCCUUGGCCAAGGGCCAGCGGUUCACUGUCUUUGACGACCGCCGUGAGCACUGGUGGCAUGCCGAGAACUCGAGCGCAGUCGUCGGAUUCAUUCCCAGCAACUACGUGCGACGCAUUGGCAUCACCAGCGAGCCCUGGUUUUACUCGGACCUGUCGCGCCAGCGUGCCGAGAACAUCCUGCGGGACGACGGCAAGGAGGGGUGCUUUCUGAUCCGCAACUCAAGCAAGGGCGGCAUGUACACUCUAUCUCUGCUCCACGGCGACGCGGUGCGGCACUAUCACAUUCGUCAAGACGACAGCAACUUCUACUUCAUCUCUGACAACCAUCACUUUGAGACGAUUCCGGAGCUCGUCGAGUACCACUCGCUCAACGGCGGAGGCCUCGUGACACGGUUACGACGACCACCGCGCCAGGACAAUCCCAUGGAGCCGCCCACGCGGGACAAGUGGGAAAUCAACCCGGGCGAUUUAACGUUUGGACGCGAGCUGGGCAGUGGGCAGUUUGGUCGUGUCGUAGAAGGCAAAUAUAAGGGAAAGACGGACGUGGCGAUCAAAAUGAUGAGAGAGGGUACGAUGGAUGAGGAUGACUUCAUUGAGGAAGCUAAGGUUAUGAAGAACUUCCAGCAUCCCAAUUUAGUGCAGCUAUACGGUGUGGUGACAGUGCAGAAGCCUAUUCUGAUCAUCACGGAACUCAUGGAAAAUGGCUGCUUGCUGGACUUCUUGCGUAAGAACAAGCAAAUUCUGGAGCGGCCCGGCAUUCUGAUUGAUAUGUGCAUUCAAGUGGCCAGCGCUAUGCAGUUCCUCGAAGACCACCGCUUUAUUCACCGGGACCUGGCGGCAAGAAAUUGCCUCGUGAAGGACCGCAUGCAGGUGAAAGUUGGUGACUUUGGUCUUGCAAGGCAUGUAAUGGAUGAUGAGUACACCGCGUCUGAAGGCACUAAGUUCCCGAUCAAGUGGGCCUCGCCAGAGGUGAUAUCCUAUGCCAAGUUCAGUAGUAAAUCUGACGUAUGGGCAUUUGGUGUACUCAUAUGGGAGCUAUACACGGGUGGCAUGACGCCCUACCCGUCCUUCUCCAACACGCAGGUUGUGGAUGAAAUACUGAAGGGCUACCGACUGGAACGUCCGCCAAACUGUCCGGGAGUUUUAUUCGAGGUUGUGAAAAAGACCUGGCAGCAGGAGCCGGAGGAUAGACCGACGUUUGCGGAAAUCCACAGAAUGUUAACCGAGUUUGGAGCGGACUACUCUGACCCAGCGUAACGUAUGCCCCGGGCUCCCCCGUAUGAGCGUAAUUAUUGUUGUUUCGCAGGGGUCGUUGCGGACCCCUUGCCGAUCUGCACACGAUCAAGAUAGUGUGUGUGUGUGUGUGUGUGUGUGUGUGUGUGUGAGGAAGGUAGUGUGCGGAGCGAUAUAGAGUACUUGAACCUAUCUCCUUUAUCCCCCUACUCGCACACAACCAUUGAAACAAGGGUGUGGGCAUGCAAUGAAUGCUUGCACUUCCUCGGCUUUGUGCAGAUGACACCAGGCUUCAACUCACCUGCAUAACUGAUGCCGUUGAACGUCUUUGGGAUAUUUCGACCGAUUUUUCUUCUUCUUCUUCUUCUUCUUCUUCUUCUUCUUCUUUUCUUUUAUCUUACCUGGGUUGAUGUGUGCGGCCUGUGUGCGUGCACAUCUUGUACUUUUCCAUUGUUCCUAUCUGGGUACUAGUAUUUUCUUUACUUGAGUGUUCUCUCUCUCCUAAUCCUGGCUUUUGUUUCCAUGUUGUCCUUGUCAACGAGCUUGAGGUAUCUUUUUCUUACAUCAAAGUUAUUUAUUGCUGAACUCAGACGGGGAACUUGACAUUCGGCAUUCCCUCCAAAUUUGUAGACAAACAUGGGACUUGAAUGUGGCUGUUUUUGCGUUAUCUAGCCUCGGCUUCAGCUCCAUAGCACCUUCAUUGCAUCGCCCGUUUUUACUAACCCAAAUAUCACUCAUUUGAUGCUCUGUUUCGCUUCCUGCUUUCUCACACCACUCGCGUACAGCACCUGCUUCUUUUCUUGUAAGUAGACUUUGGUUUAGCCACACCAACAGAGACUCGG